AUGGGCUUUCGUGACCGCAUUAGGAUGAAUAAUUCUCGCUCCUCUCAGGCCAUCCGGAGCAAGGCUUCUCCUUUACCUCCAGGUAACGUGCGGUGUUCACCCAGCACUGAGAACGUCCCAGAAGCCACCAGCCCUGGGAAAGUGCAGAAAAGCUGGAGCUUCAAUGACCGGACACGUUUUCGCACAUCUCUGCGCCUCAAACCACGACCCGCUGCAGACAUGGAGGGAGUCGGAGAAGAGCACACUGAGGACAAAUCUUACUGUGACGUGGCCAUGGAGGAUGUGAUUCCCGCAGUGAAGACCCUGAUUCGAGCGGUUCG